GUGCGCGCUGAAAGAAGCUAGGUAGGGUAUUGAUGAUCACUGAGCUCUGGUAAGAUACCUGAUUGGAAAGUGGGGCUGCCGUGGGGUUUGCAACACACUGCUUGUUUGACCGCACUGUGGCAUUGAGCAAGCCCCACCAAAAUUUUGUCCAAGCAUCAGUGACCAGUUCAACCACCAACCUCAAGUUCCCAAGCGAACGCCGCGUCCUCCUCGCAAAGCAACUCCCGUCCGCACCCACCGCUACAAAUCAACCCAACAACAACAACAACCCCCCCGAACCCGGAAAAUGGCGCCUAACCCGUACCUCCUCGCCGCCGACAACCCGCAAGGCCUCCUCGCCCUCCUGCGCGACAACCCCUCCCUCGCGGCCGGCCAGGACGAGCACGGCUACUCGCUGGUGCACGCGGCCGCCAGCUACAACCACGUGGACCUGCUGCGGGCGCUGGUGCGCGAGUUCGGCGCGCCGGUGGACCUGCGGGACGAGGACGGCGAGACGGCGCUGUUCGUGGUGGAGACGGUCGAGGCGGCGCGCGCGCUGGUCGGCGAGCUCGGGCUGGACGCCGCGCUGCGCAACGCCGACGGCCUGACGGCGCGCGAGAAGAUCGAGGCUGAGGCCGAGUGGCCCGCCGUGGCGGAGUAUCUGCGCAGUCUGGAGACCGAGGCCGCCCGGUCUGCCGGGUCUGCGGGCGCCGCCAAUGGCAAGGAGAACGGCGCCGUCGAGACCGGGCUGCCGCCGCCUCCCGAGGGGUUGAAGGUUACGAUGCGUACGAUGGACGAGGCGGAGGCGGGCGAGCAGCCGCCGGAUCCGGAGUUCCGGCGGAGGAUAGAGGAGCUUGCGGCGAGGGAGGACUUCCAGACGCCUGAGGGCCAGGCCGAGCUGAGGCGGCUGGUCGAGGAGGCGAUCAGUGGGCAGGGGUUCAGUGAUGAGCGGAGUGUCCGGCCGAGGCAAGAUUGAUUUGAGGGUUCGGAAACUCUGGCCUCGUUUAUUCAUGCGCCUUCACCUCCCACAUGAGGUAUUCGCCUGAUGAGUUCGGGAGCCGGAGGAUCGUGCAUUCGUUGUUGUCGCCGGCCAGGCCCUUGGAGAAGGUCGUCGUGCUGAACGAGAACCACGCCUUGGGUGGGAGGAUCGUGAUGAUGUCGACCAGGGUCUGCCGCGACCACGAUGGGGCGAAAAAGCCCUGCCAGCUGAUUUUGCAAACCUUGCCCUUGUCCCCGCCUUCGGGAACCUGGUAGCGGGAGAGGUAUGGGUCGAUCUGAUCGCCGACCUGGAUCCGAGGACUUUGAAGCCGGA